UAGGCAGUAGGCACGCAUCGGGGGCACACAAGCUGGAAGGAAGCCUAAAAGGCUAAAAAAGAGAGAGUAGCCCAACUACGCAGUCUUUAAUACUCCCGAGUCCUGACGCCUCCCUCGAACACAUCCACAGCACAGACCGAGGUUAGACUUCUCUAGUGACCCCAAGUGACCCAGCCGGCUUCUCCUCGCUCUUAGUUGUUUGUAUUGCCUUUAUAUUGCUAUGUAAGUACUGUCUUAACACAAUCCCUAUUGCUAUGGCGGAUGAUGAACCUGUUGAUCCGAAGAAAUAUCUUGAAGAGUCUUGCAAGCCAAAGUGUGUGAAACCAUUACUUGAAUAUCAGGCAUGCGUUAAGAGGAUCCAAGGAGAUGAAACUGGGCAGAAGCACUGUACUGGACAAUAUUUUGAUUACUGGUCAUGUGUUGACAAAUGUGUGGCGCCAAAGCUUUUCCAUAAAGUGAAGUAAUCUCUAGAUGAUUUUGUUUUACUUUAAAAAUGCAAUAACUGCUGCUGAACAUUUAUUGUUGUUUGGUGAACCGGGAAUGCCUGUUUGGCUUCCUUCCACAGCACUUUGCACAUUCAUAUUUCGAACCAUGGGACCUUGAGUUAUGGUCAAUAAAGAUAGAAUCCUGGGUGUUAGAUCUGGCCAA